AUGAGCGCCGCAGCUCGUCUCAGUGUGGUAAGUCUCGAAAAUGGUUUUCUUUAUCAGGCGUUUGUUGUUUUGGAAGUAAUUUAUUGUUUCAUACCUUUAUGCUAGGAUAUAAGUUGUAGGAUAGUUCUAUAUCCGUUGUAUUAUCUUGUCUCUCUUUUUCACGAUUGUUAAUAUAAUUUAUAAAUUUUCAGAAAAACUUAGCGUUGGGUGCGGGUGUAUGUGCGGCUUCUGGUUUGGUCUAUGCUUUGGAGAAUUCAGUUGCUCGAGCUAGUGAUCAGGUUGUCCAUCCCUAUCAACUCCCAUGGCCUCACUCAGGUUUCUUUUCGUCCUUCGAUUAUAACUCGUAAGUCGUUUUAUUUAUUUUGUUUGGAGUUCUAGAUUAAUUGUCACAAGUCGCGGUCAAAAAAAAACGGUUUUUAUAGCACGCUGCAUACUAUGUUUUGGUGAUCAAAAAUCGAGUUUUUGAGGGCUUUCAUUUCUUCUUCAUGUUUAAUGUCACCUAAAUUUUGCUGUUGAAGGGUUCGGCGAGGUUACGAAGUGUACAAACAAGUAUGUGCUGCCUGCCACUCGAUGAAAUUCCUUCGGUACCGCCACUUUGUCGAUACAUUUAUGACCGAAGAAGAAGCCAAGGCUGAGGCCGCCGAAGCUUUGAUCAAUGACAUUGAUGGAAAUGGAGCCGCCAUCCAACGUCCAGGUAUCCUGACUGACGGUCUGCCAAAUCCUUACCCCAAUAAGAAGGCCGCUGCUGCAGCCAACAACGGAGCCGCUCCUCCGGAUUUGACUUUGAUGGCUCUGGCCCGCCAUGGUGGAGAUGAUUACAUAUUUGCGCUGUUGACCAGUUACUUCGACGCUCCUGAGGGAAUUAAGGUUGACGAGGGAAAGGCGUACAACCCCUACUUCCCUGGUGGUGUCAUCUCUAUGCCACAGCAGUUGUACGAUGAAGGUAUCGAAUAUAAGGAUGGAACGGUCGCCACUCAGAGUCAGCAGGCCAAGGAUAUCGCUACUUUCAUGCACUGGGCUGCCGAGCCUUAUCACGACACUAGGAAACUAUAUGGUCUAAAGGUAAGUAUAUUGCAGUUUUCUGUCUUGAUCAAGUAUUAUAUAAUAUGAUUUUCUAUUUAAGAUCCUGGCGUUGUUCCCCAUUGUUGCUGUCGUAUUGUUGUAUGGAAAACGUCAAGCCUGGACCUUCAUUAAGAGUCAGAAAUUUGCCUGGAGAACGACCAAGGGACGCGAACCACCAACUCAGAAACAGUAG